CCACUUCCUGGUUGGCUUCCUGCAAGCCUCUCGGUAGGGGGCUCAGGGCAGUGGGUCUAGGGGAAGUGGUGCAGCCAAGAGCCGCUCCAAGUCCGCCGCAGGGGGCGGCGGGUCAGGGGUUCCCGGAGGGCACAGACGGUAGAGACCGAGUUAUGGUCCAUAAUUGCAAUAAAAGUUUGGGAAUCUGAAAGCUUUAAGGAGCUGAGCUGCAGGGCAAAGGCUAAGGACCAGACCUGGGGAAAGUGCAAGUUAGUUGCAAGGUAGCAGGGGGCCGCUGAAGGGGGCUCACGCGGAGAGCAGAGACUGCGGAUCUGGAAGGGGGCAGGUAGAAAGGAAGGCUGCCAGGAAGAGCGAGGCGCCCGGGUCGGUCGGAGCUCUGCGGUGGCCGCCGGAGGGGAGGGGGCCGCGGGCGGGGCGGAGGGAAGAGCCCGGGGGAAGGUAGAGACGAGGGGAGUUCCGGAUCUGGAGCUGGAAAGGGCAGGCAGCGGAGAGGGCGGCAGCCGUAGCGGUAGGGGUGGGGGGAAGAGGAGGAGGAGGAGAGCCGGAGGAGGGGGAAGGAGGGAGGGGAGAGCGGUGGCGGCGGCUGCGCCGGGCUGUGAGUCUCUCGCCGCCGGAGGAAGAUGAGGCUGAAGAUUGGGUUCAUCUUACGCAGUUUGCUGGUGGUGGGAAGCUUCCUGGGGCUAGUGGUCCUCUGGUCUUCCCUGACCCCGCGGCCGGACGACCCGAGCCCGCUGAGCAGGAUGAGGGAAGACAGAGAUGUCAAUGACCCCAUGCCCAACCGAGGAGGCAAUGGACUAGCUCCUGGGGAGGACAGAUUCAAACCUGUGGUACCAUGGCCUCAUGUUGAAGGAGUAGAAGUGGACUUAGAGUCUAUUAGAAGAAAAAACAAGGCCAAAAAUGAACAAGAGCACCAUGCUGGAGGAGAUUCCCAGAAAGAUAUCAUGCAGAGGCAGUAUCUCACAUUUAAGCCUCAAACAUUCACCUACCGUGAUCCUGUACUUCGCCCAGGGAUCCUUGGUAACUUUGAACCCAAAGAACCUGAGCCUCCUGGAGUGGUUGGUGGCCCUGGAGAGAAAGCCAAGCCAUUGGUUUUGGGACCAGAAUUCAAACAUGCAGUUCAAGCCAGCAUUAAAGAGUUUGGAUUUAACAUGGUGGCAAGUGACAUGAUCUCACUGGACCGCAGCGUCAAUGACUUACGCCAAGAAGAAUGCAAGUAUUGGCAUUAUGAUGAAAACCUGCUCACUUCCAGUGUUGUCAUUGUCUUCCAUAAUGAAGGAUGGUCAACCCUCAUGAGAACAGUCCACAGUGUAAUUAAAAGGACUCCAAGGAAAUAUUUAGCAGAAAUUGUGUUGAUCGAUGAUUUCAGUAAUAAAGAGCACUUAAAAGAAAAACUGGAUGAAUAUAUUAAGCUGUGGAAUGGCCUAGUGAAGGUAUUUCGAAAUGAGAGAAGGGAAGGUUUAAUUCAAGCACGAAGUAUUGGUGCUCAGAAGGCUAAACUUGGACAGGUUUUGGUAUACCUUGAUGCCCACUGUGAGGUGGCAGUUAACUGGUAUGCACCACUUGUAGCUCCCAUAUCUAAGGACAGAACUACAUGUACUGUGCCUCUAAUAGAUUACAUAGAUGGGAAUGAUUAUUCCAUUGAGCCACAGCAAGGUGGGGAUGAAGAUGGUUUUGCCAGAGGGGCCUGGGACUGGAGUUUACUAUGGAAACGUAUUCCUCUAAGCCACAAGGAAAAAGCCAAAAGAAAACAUAAAACUGAACCUUAUCGGUCCCCAGCAAUGGCUGGGGGAUUAUUUGCCAUUGAACGAGAGUUCUUCUUUGAACUGGGUCUCUAUGAUCCAGGACUCCAGAUUUGGGGUGGUGAAAACUUUGAGAUCUCAUACAAGAUAUGGCAGUGUGGUGGCAAAUUAUUAUUUGUCCCUUGCUCUCGUGUUGGACAUAUCUACCGUCUUGAGGGCUGGCAAGGAAAUCCUCCACCCAUUUAUGUUGGGUCUUCUCCAACUCUGAAGAAUUAUGUUAGAGUUGUGGAGGUUUGGUGGGAUGAAUAUAAAGACUACUUCUAUGCUAGUCGUCCUGAAUCACAGGCAUUACCAUAUGGGGAUAUAUCGGAGCUGAAAAAAUUUCGAGAAGAUCACAACUGCAAAAGUUUUAAGUGGUUCAUGGAAGAAAUAGCUUAUGAUAUCACCUCACACUACCCUUUGCCACCCAAAAAUGUUGACUGGGGAGAAAUCAGGGGCUUUGAAACUGCUUACUGCAUUGAUAGCAUGGGAAAAACAAAUGGAGGCUUUGUUGAGCUAGGACCCUGCCACAGAAUGGGAGGGAAUCAGCUUUUCAGAAUCAAUGAAGCAAAUCAACUCAUGCAGUAUGACCAGUGUUUGACAAAGGGGGCUGAUGGAUCAAAAGUUAUGAUUACACACUGUAAUCUAAAUGAAUUUAAGGAAUGGCAGUACUUCAAGAACCUGCACAGAUUUACUCAUAUUCUUUCAGGAAAGUGCUUAGAUCGCUCAGAGGUCCUGCAUCAAGUAUUCAUCUCCAAUUGUGACUCCAGUAAAACGACUCAAAAAUGGGAAAUGAAUAACAUCCAUAGUGUUUAGAGAGAAUAAAAGAAACCAGUAACCUACCUACUGACAAGUAAAUUUAUACAGGACUGAAAACCGCCUGAAACCUGCUGCAACUAUUGUUAUUAACUCUGUACAGCUCCAAACCUGGAACCUCCUGAUCAGUUUCAAGGACAUUGAUAAACUGUGAUUUUACAAUAACAUUAUCAUCUGCAGUUACUGUUUACAAGACUGCUUUUACCUUAAACUUUGUAGAUGUUUACAUCUUUUUGUUUUAAGAUGAUGUUGGUAAUUUGUGCCUUUAGCUCUGUUUUAUUAGACAGAGUUAAAGCACAUUGUCUUCUUUGGGAUUACACUCAGGGGUCUGAAAGGCAGUUUGAUUUUUAUUUUUCACACUUGAAAAAGGUUGGAGUAGCCAGACUUUCAUAUAUAACUUGGUGAUUAUCAACCUGUUGUGUCUUUAUUUAAUUUUACAUCCUUUUGAAGCACUGCCACAGGUUAUUAGCCAAGGUGGCCUUCCUUCACAGUCAUGCUGCUUUUUUGAAAGGUGAAUUUCAACACAUUUAGUGCCUCUUUCAUUUCUCAGUAUAUAUUUCAAGAGCUUGUGAUGAAAUUUAUAGGAUGGUAAUGAUGGACUUGUCACCAGUAUGGGGAAUACUUUUACUACUUAGAAAUGAAUUUAUGUGCUGCCAUUUGCCAUAAAGUUAAAUGUUGUAUGGCUUGAAAAAGAAAUGACAAUAUGGAACAUCCCAAGGCUUUCCCAUCGGGUUGGAAGUUGUGUGGCAUUUGCUCCCUUACCUACUGGCAUUCCCAGUACCCUCUGUCCAUACCUACUUCUAGGAUUGUAAAGGAGUCUUCCAACUAGAGAAAAAUUGUCCACCAACAUUUGGAAUUUAUCUUCUCUAAUACCUGUCACUAUAGAAAACUAUUAUCAGUUUUAUUGUUACCCCCCAAAAGAGAGGGUAACAAAAUCAGCAAAACAACACUAUAAACAUGUCAAAGGUUCAUUCUGACUGAGGUAAGACCUUCCAAGCCCUUGCUAGAUUAGGCCUUCUAAAACUUGUGUGCAUUAUAACCUAAGUUGUGCAACCUGCAAAGCCAAGAGUGAAUUGAUGUUUCAUUUAUAUUUUCAUCCAAAUGACAUUAUCUGCAUGUUUUUAAAAUUUAAAAACAAAGGAGUAUUUAAAAACACAGUUCAUUAACAAAUGUGAAUGACUUUCUGUUAGAUUGGGUGGUCCCUAGUGUUUCUUAAUUUCUUUUUAGGAAAUGUAUUUUUUAAAGUAUUUUUCCAGUAAACGGAAGAUUUGUUUGGAUUUAAACAUUUACUAAGAGUAUACCUAUUACGAAAACCAAAUAUUCCAAAUGGUCAAUUCAAUUUUAAUUUCUCAAAAGAUACUGUUACUGCUCAAAAGAUUAAAAUGCCUACAUUGAGUGCUAAAAUAAAGUAUGAUGAGGUGAGCUGAAUGGCAAGUAAGUUAAGCAUUUUUGAUCCUAUAAUCAUGAAAUCAUUACAGUGAAAGGAAUUUACAAACUACUGCCAGAAGUUUAUUUUUUAAUUUAAGAGGAAAAUGUAACCUAUGAAUUUGUUUGUUCCAAGCUUAGCUCUUAAAUUUGGAGAGUCAAAGUUAAACAUCCUCAACAGAGUUUUAUUUAAAAUUUUGAAUUGUCAAUUUGUAUUUUGCUACUGAUCUGUGAUCAACCAUUUUAACUUUCAUCUCUAGGGAUGUUUAACAUUUAUCAUUGCAAAAUAAAUCAACUAUAAAAAAAGAAACUAAGAGAGAAUUGGUACUUUAAUUACUUGGGUGUUUGCAAAUAGGCUCCAUUUUCCAUGUUGAGUAGAUUAUAACCUUAUUAACUAUGCAUAGGCCUAAGAAAGGUGGCAAUGAACUGUGCAUGUAAAUUUUAAAUGGGUAUUUUGUGCAAUUCAUUAAAAGAAAAUACUUUAUGAAUAUGAUUCUAUAUAUUGAAAUCAGAAACCUUACCAAACAAAAACAUCAGAAGCUGCUGCCAUAAUGACUAUUUUCUACUGUAGGCUGCUUUGGAAAUAAUUCCCAUAUCCUUGCUUUGUAAGUUGAUAAUAUCACUAUGCAUUUCUACACAUUUUAUAAAUUUGAUUUAUGCAGAUUUUGAUACACUGUAUGUUUCUGUAGAAAUUGUAUAAAUAUUCAAAAUUUUAUUAGGGUAAAUUUGAGAAACUUAUGUAUAUCUUAAUUCUGGGUUGCUUGUUUUUUAGGUGAGAAAAAAUAAAAUAUUGUAUUUUAAUUCA